GGAAAACUGUUUUAGUUUGUGCUAGUGCGUAUUUUUCUUCUAUUUUUUUUUCGUUUUACUUAGUGAAUAUGUUGUGCGUCAAGAUAAUAAUAUUGUCACUGUAUAUAGUAACAAGAGAAGUUUUUGGAGGAGCCAUAACAGAAUAUCCAGAUGAAGGAUACGAAGAUUAUACAGGAAAAGAGGAUUAUCAUUCUCAUCCGAAAUACUCCUUCAAAUACGGCGUCCACGAUCCAUCUACCGGCGAUGUGAAAAGCCAAAAAGAAGUCCGAGAUGGCGACGUAGUGAAAGGACAGUACUCUCUAGUGGAACCCGAUGGUUCCAUUCGAACCGUGGAUUACAUAGCAGAUUCUGUAAACGGUUUUAAUGCUGUGGUAUCGAAGAGUGGGCCAUCUGUACAUUUAGCGGCGGAACCUGUAGCCAUCAAGAAAGUGGUACCUCUAUUGAAUCAAGUGGUACCGACUUACGUCAAGCAGGUUUUACCUGUAGUGAGGCCGGUAAUACAGAAAGUUUUACCUCAUCCUGUUUACAACUACAAAUAUACGUCGGCGUUAGGUGUAAACGACAUAUAUGACGGAGGUUAUGGAUAUGGAGAUGGAUAUGACCUAGAUGCCUAUUUCAGCGGCCUUCACGGCCAUGAGUAUUAGACACUACCUGCUGUUUUUCAAACCAAGC